AUGCCUAGAGAUUCUCAUUCCUCCCCUAUCAAGCCGCCCACCCUUCCCUUUCCUCCCGUCUUAACUAUAGAUGAACUCCUUGCAAAUGCUGUCAAGUCUAAGAAACCUAAAGUGAUUAUCCCAAACUCUUUCAUCAUUUACAGAAUGUCAUUGCAUAGAGAGUAUCGUAACAAGCAAAUGAAGUUACCAUCAAUGAAGAAACUUUCAAAGAUUGCUAAAUCUUCUUGGAAUAAAGAAUCACAAAUUGUAAAGAAUGAAUACAUCAAGCUAGCCAAAGAUGCCAAAACUUUGUACGACGAGAGGAAGAAGGUUGGAGCGAGUCAUGUCGAUCAUUAUGAAGUAACCUUGGAAGCACCCAACGAUUCUUCCGAAUGA